GAGCAGAGGAGAGAGAGCGAGUGCGAGACCGAUCUUCCAUUUGCCCACUGGUUCACUCCCCAGAUGGCCGCAAUGGCCAGAGUUGUGCCAAUCCAAAGCCAGGAGCUUCUUCCAGGUCUCCCACGAGUAACAGGGGCCCAAGGACUUGGGCCAUGUUCCACUGCUUCCCUAGGCCACAGCCGAGAGCUGGAUGGGAAGUGGAGCAGCUGGGACUCAAACUGGUGCCCAUAUGGGAUGCUGGCACUACAGGCAGUGGCUUUACCCGCUAGGCCACAGUGCCUGGCCCUUAUGCACUCUCUUUAAUUACAGAAGGCAGACUUCUAUUUUCUCUGUACCCUUUGUCUAGUUCCCUCCUGUAGCAUGUAAAGACAAAGGUGAGUCCCCAGCUCUUUAUGUGAAGCCCUUGUUACCGGAUUUUGAAGUAUUUUGGACUUUGGAACAUUUUGGGUUCUGGAUGUUCAGCUUAGGGAUGCUCAAUCUGUAUGUAGUGUAAUACUUACAGUGUUCCAUGGAAACACACCAUCCCCCAAAUAAUGACAAUAUACCUUAUUUAUUUAUUGUUUGAGAAACACAGAGAUCUCUCCCCUGGUUCACUCCCCAAAUCUCUGCAAUAGCCAGCCCUGGGCCAAGCUGAAACCCGGAGCCAGGAGCUCAGUCCCCAUCUUGGGUGUCCCACCUGGGUCUCCAGGACCCAAGUACCGGAGUCAUCAGAGCCGCCUCCUGGGGCAUGCAUUAGCAGGAAGUGUGGGAGGUGGGUGCCAUAGCAGCUGCCCCAAGUGCCCACCCCAGAAUGGGAAAGCUAGAAUACACAGCCGUGUCUGCUUUAGAUUUGAGGCAGGGGAGGAGGUUUUGUUGGCUAUCCCAUCAUUGCAGAACUCGCCACCUCCGGAUUAGAAUGGAAAAUGCCCACCUUUCAGAGUUUUGCAGUUUUGUCCAGGGAUCUGAGACCACCUUGCAGUCGACAUACUCCGACAGCAGUGCCCAGCCCACCUGUGAUUAUGGAUAUGGAACUUGGAACUCUGGGACAAACCGAGGCUACGAGAACUAUGGUUAUGGCUAUGGCUAUGGCCAGGAUAACAGCACCAACUAUGGGUAUGGUAUGGCCACUUCAAACUCUUGGGAAAUGCCUAGCUCUGACACAAAUGCAAACCCUAGUGCCUCGGGUAGCACCAGUGCCGAUUCCGUUUUAUCCAGAAUUAACCAACGCUUAGAUAUGGUGCCGCACUUGGAGACAGACAUGAUGCAAGGAGGCGUGUACGGCUCAGGUGGAGAAAGAUACGACUCCUAUGAGGCCUGUGACUCGCGGGCCGUCCUGAGCGAGCGUGACCUGUACCGGUCAGGCUACGACUAUGGAGAGCUUGACCCCGAGAUGGAAAUGGCCUAUGAGGGCCAGUAUGAUGCCUACCGUGACCAGUUCCGCAUGCGUGGCAGCGACACCUUUGGUCCAAGGGCUCAGGGCUGGGCCCGGGAUGCUCGGAGCGGCCGGCCAGUGGCCUCAGGCUAUGGGCGCAUGUGGGAAGACCCCAUGGGGGCCCGGGGCCAGUGCAUGCCUGGUGCCUCCCGGCUGCCCUCCCUCUUCUCCCAGAACAUCAUCCCUGAGUACGGCAUGUUCCAGGGCAUGCGCGGCGGGGGCGCCUUCCCUGCUGGCUCCCGCUUUGGCUUCGGGUUUGGCAAUGGCAUGAAGCAGAUGAGGCGGACCUGGAAGACCUGGACAACAGCUGACUUCCGGACCAAAAAGAAGAAGAGAAAGCAAGGUGGCAGUCCCGAUGAGCCAGAUGGCAAGACCCCCCGGACGGAUGGCUCUGACAACAGUGAUUCAGACAAUGAUGACGGCACAGAGGGAGAGGCUGCGGAGGGCACCGAAGGCCCUGAGGCUGUGGAAAAGGGCUCCAGAGCAGAAGGAGAGGAUGAGGAGGGAAAAGAAGAUGGGAGAGAAGAAGGCAAAGAAGAUUUGGAGAAAGGGGCCCUGACCACCCAGGAUGAGAACGGCCAGGCCAAGCGUAAGCUGCAGGCGGGCAAGAAGAGCCAAGACAAGCAGAAAAAGCGGCAGCGAGACCGUAUGGUGGAAAGGAUCCAGUUUGUGUGUUCUCUCUGCAAAUACCGCACCUUCUACGAGGACGAGAUGGCCAGCCACCUUGACAGCAAGUUUCACAAGGAGCACUUUAAGUACGUUGGCACCAAGCUCCCUAAGCAGACAGCCGACUUCCUGCAGGAAUAUGUCACCAACAAAACCAAGAAGACAGAGGAGCUCCGCAAAACGGUGGAGGACCUUGAUGGUUUGAUCCAGCAGAUUUACAGAGACCAGGACCUGACCCAAGAAAUUGCCAUGGAGCACUUCGUGAAGAAGGUGGAGGCAGCUCACUGCGCAGCCUGUGACCUCUUCAUCCCCAUGCAGUUUGGCAUCAUCCAGAAGCACCUGAAGACCAUGGAACACAACCGAAACCGUAGGCUCAUGAUGGAGCAGUCCAAGAAGUCCUCGCUCAUGGUGGCCCGCAGCAUCCUCAACAACAAGCUCAUCAGCAAGAAGCUGGAGCGCUACCUGAAGGGUGAGAACCCCUUCACCGACAGUCCCGAGGAGGACCGAGAGCAGGACGAGGCCGAAGGGACGCCGGGCGACGCGGAGGCCGCGCCGGCGCAGCCCCCGGUGCCCCCGGAGCCGAACCCUGGCGCCGCGUCGCCGCCGCCGCCGCCGCCUCCCCCGGAGGAGGAGGAGGAAGGCGAGCCCCUCCUCGGCGGGGCCCUGCAGCGCCAGAUCCGCGGCAUCCCGGGGCUCGACGUGGAAGACGACGAGGAGGGAGGCGGGGGCGCCCCGUGACGCGGGCCCAGGGCGGGCAGGGCCUGCGUGGCCAAGGCUGGAAGUCAAGUCGAAUAAAGUUCUUCCCACCCAA